AUGACCAAUGGAUCAUCUGAUCUCGGAUUACAUUUAUCUUUUCCAGAACAGAAUGAUUUAUCUACAAUUAAUAAUUCUUCUACAUCUACAGCUGUCUUCGCUGCUGCAGCUGCGGCAUGUGCUAUGGCUGCUGCUGUUACAGCAGGAACUAAUUUACAAGGAAAUAAUUUGACUACAACAAACAAUCAUUUUAAUAAACACAAUGAAACAAGCAUCAGCGGGGGUAAUAAUUGUUUAGUUCCACGACCUUAUUCCUCAGCUUUUAUAACGAGGCCUAGUGUAACGGAUACAAGACUACUAAGUAGUGUAUUCGAUCCACAUAACACAGUUUACACACACUUAAACAAUCAUGAAACUAGUUUACUGCAUCCAUCAAGGCAUUUUUAUGAACCAAAUCCAUAUUUAUCAUUCACACUAAACAAGUUAACAAGAUCAAGUCCAAAUAAUGAUAUGAACAGUAGAAAAACAUCCCAUGAACUUGGAAUUAUGACGUCUACAAGCAUGAUGACUAAAGAAAAAGUUGAUGGAAAAAACUUAUUCAGAGAUGAAUUCAAUAUUUUUCGUCAGUCAUCAGUUGCAACACCUGAAAUUUCGCCAUUACUUAUCAAUAAAUCUGCUUAUUUACAUCAUGGUGAAGAAACUGACCAAUUUCAACAACAGUUUCAUCACCAGCAUCCUCAUCAUCAACAUAGUUCACCUGAACCUAAUACAGGUCUCAUGAAUGAAAGUUGGCAAUCCGUUUCAGAUAUUAGACGUCAUACAGCAAAACAGGUACUUUCAGCAAAUGAAAUUCCAUCAGAUCGCUUUAAAAAAUAUUCCACAUCUGCUGGUUUUGACUGGUCGUUAAAUCUUCAUAAUACUCACAACGACAACUGUAAUAAUAACAGAACUAAUUUCAACUGUUACCCAAUAUCUGAACCUACAGAAAGAGACAUUCAGUCACAAGUUAAUCAAACUGAUCUGAACAAAAAUGACUCGAUUGAUCCAAAUGAAGAUGCAACUACCACUACCAGAAAUAGUCAUAUAUUUUGGAAUUCAGUACCAUUACUGGAUUCAUUGAAAUCAACAAAUUCACCAUAUGUGAAUCAUACUGGUAACAAUAAUCGUGAUCUCACUGUUACUUCAUCCGACGUCAGUACUGUCACAUCUAUCUCCAACAACGUGGAUAAUGAUGAUAGCAUUAAUAACCAUAAAAAUAAUAAGCUGAAAUCAGGCUCAACAUGGAAUUUUCCGAUAGAAUUCAAAGAAUCCAACUGGUUACAUAAUAAGCAAGCAAAACAUUUCUAUGAUGAUCACAGUGCAACCUUGAAGUCGAGUAUAUUCAAUGAAAGUAAGCUAUAUAUCUAG